GCCCGCGGCAGCCGCCGCCAUUUCGGGCGCUGCUGUGAGGCUGAGACCGGAGCCGGUCCGCUGGGCGGCGGACGGCGGGGCUGGAGGGGCGCGCGCGGCGGCGGCGGCCCAGCGUGUAGGCGCGCAGGCGGCCAUGGCGGGCAACUUCGACUCGGAGGAACGGAGUAGCUGGUACUGGGGGCGGUUGAGCCGGCAGGAGGCGGUGGCGCUGUUGCAGGGCCAGCGGCACGGGGUGUUCCUGGUGCGGGACUCGAGCACCAGCCCCGGGGACUAUGUGCUCAGCGUCUCCGAGAACUCGCGCGUCUCCCACUACAUCAUCAACAGCAGCGGCCCGCGUCCGCCCGUGCCACCGUCUCCCGCCCAGCCUCCUCCGGGGGUGAGCCCCUCCAGACUCCGAAUAGGCGAUCAAGAGUUUGAUUCAUUGCCUGCUUUACUGGAAUUCUACAAAAUACACUAUUUGGACACUACAACGUUGAUAGAACCAGUUUCCAGAUCCAGGCAGGGUAGUGGAGUGAUUCUCAGGCAGGAGGAAGCAGAGUAUGUGCGAGCCCUCUUUGACUUUAAUGGGAAUGAUGAAGAAGAUCUUCCCUUUAAGAAAGGAGACAUCCUGAGAAUCCGGGAUAAGCCUGAAGAGCAGUGGUGGAAUGCAGAGGACAGCGAAGGCAAGAGAGGGAUGAUUCCAGUCCCUUACGUCGAGAAGUAUAGACCUGCCUCCGCCUCAGUAUCGGCUCUGAUUGGAGGUAACCAGGAGGGUUCCCACCCACAGCCACUGGGUGGGCCGGAGCCUGGGCCCUAUGCCCAACCCAGCGUCAACACUCCGCUCCCUAACCUCCAGAAUGGGCCCAUUUAUGCCAGGGUUAUCCAGAAGCGAGUCCCUAAUGCCUACGACAAGACAGCCUUGGCUUUGGAGGUCGGUGAGCUGGUAAAGGUUACGAAGAUUAAUGUGAGUGGUCAGUGGGAAGGGGAGUGUAAUGGCAAACGAGGUCACUUCCCAUUCACACAUGUCCGUCUGCUGGAUCAACAGAAUCCUGAUGAGGACUUCAGCUGAGUAUAGCUCAACAGUUUUGCUGACAGAUGGGAACAAUCUUUUUUUUUCCAACUGCCAUCUAUACAAUUUUCUUACAGAUGUCAAAAGCAGUCUAGUUUAUAUAAGCACUCUGUUACCUGUGAUCUUUUUUAGACUGAACUCCAUUCCUAGUGUUAUUUACCAUAUUCAGGGUACGAAACUGGAGGGCCUGUGUGUUAACUUCUGAAUUGGCAAUUUUAGGUGGUAGCAGCCAUGCCCAUGUGUAUCAGAAGAAGGUGUCUUGCCUUCUUUCUCUCAGGCAAUGCAGAUCAACCUGUGGAAAACCGAUGGACAGGAGAGGAGUGUUACACACUGCUUACCCUGAUUUAUUCCUUUUUUUUUUUUUUUCAUUCUGAAACCGUACUAUCAAAUGGCAAUAGACUGUUCCCUCCCACUCCCAUGAAGUAAUCGUGCACCAUGUGAAUAGUACCCAGUGGGAUUGCUUUUUCAUUUAUAGAACAUGACCAUUGUAUGACUCAUUCUGACAUUUCAAAUCCUGAGAAUUCUGAGAACACUACUAGAGGCAUUUGUCUUCCUUCCUAGUCAAUGCUUAAUACUUUUUCUUGGGAUUCUUGCAGCCCUUGUCAUUCUUUUUCCCCAAACCUACAAGUAGGUUAAUUACUAAGAUAAGUGUAUAUUUUCAUUCCAGAUGAGAAGCAGGAUGUGCAGAGCACUUUAUUCAGUGCAUAGCUUUAAGCCAGUAUUGGAUUCACUAAGUGGACAGCCAAACUCCCAGCUCUCUGCCUUCCCCACGAGGUCAUUAGUAGGUCACACUGCUACAGCAGCUAAAUAAACUCGUGGCUAAUGGGACCCAGCAGGGUCAUAUCUCCUGAGUGCCAGUAUCCCAUUAGGAGACUCUUGGAAUUCUUGGAUUUUACUUGGAGUAGGAGGACCAAUCACUUAUAAUAUUCCGUGGAAGGUUUUGGGGCCAAAUUCUGCCCUCUGCCUGAUGUGCAACUUGUAUAAAAGUCAAGUUAGAAUUAUAUGAAUUUGGGGGUAGGGUUAGUGCUUUGAAAAAUUUUUCAACCAGUCAUGAAUUACUUAUGUAUUAUUCGUUUCACAUGGUCAGAGUAGUGCUUGAAGUAUAUUACAAACUGCCUUGAUUUUUGGCUCUUUAUGUUCAGGUUUAGUUUACAAACCCUUUAGAGUAUGGAAUGGUUUAAGUGGGAUCAGGUGCUCCAAAGAAUAGGCUUAUGAGACCAAAAAUAAUCUAGGCUAUUUAGACUAUAUGAAACUUUCAAAGUUAGUUCCUAGUCUAUAAAGGCACUUACUGGUCUGUGGUGUGGUAUGACCAAUAGAAACAUCUGAUACUUUGCUUUGGACCUCAUUUUAGAAUGAUAAUAUACCUUUUUAAUUGUACUGCAUAGGUAGAUAUGAUAAGUUUGCAUUCUGUGACCAUAUAUCAAAUCAUGGUAUCCCAGUGACUAGCCUGGCAUUCAGUCAAUGUGCAGUUGUUUGCAAUGAGGGGAGUGCAGAAGCUUAUCACAUGGCACAGGAAGCCAGCUGGCGCAGGAUUACAUGCAUUACCACAAGCAAACUAAUGAGUUGAUGCUAAUUUAAUAUAUUUUUACCUCACACUAAGGUAAUGCUUGAUAAAGACAUUAAUACUGAACUUUUAAAAUGUUAGCUCAGUGCUGUGCACAUAGUGGGUGCUCAAUAAUGUUGAAUGAACAGAUUUGCAAUACCAGGUGUAAUUCCAUCUGACUACUUUGUUAAAUUUUCAGUUAGAGCACAGAUACUGUAAAAUCCAAAAUAUACAUUAAACCGUGUUUUCCUGAAAGUAUGGCAUCUAAAAUAUUUGUAGAAAAACCUUGUCACAACUGGUUUGAAUGUUUGUAUUUUCUUUUGCCUUUGACUUUGAUGUUAGCUUGUAAUGUCUCUUUCAUCAUAUGUAAUACUAGUGGAACAUGUACCUCUACCCCAAUCAUAAGAAUUUCUCGAUAAUUGGUUGUCCAGAGCCAUUACAUGAACUUUUGGUUGGAUUUGGCUGGGUGUGGCAGUUAUUGGACCUCAAGAAAUCAAAAGACUUCUUUCUAAGCAUCUUCCAGAAAAAGCAAAUGCUAAAAUCCUAUUCAAGUGCAUAUGUAUAUUGUCACAGAGCAAAGUAAACUGAAAUUGGCUGCUAUAUUUUAUAUAAUCAUUUCUGCAAAAACCCAUUUUUUGGAUACUAAUAUUUGACAUGGUUAAUUCUUAUUAAUUUGUUGGAAUUGUUUAUUGUUAAUAAUGCAAAUAGAUAAUUUUUAAUUAUCCACAAGUAACAUUUCACUAUUAAUGGUUUGAAGUGGGUGAUAAGCAAACCAAUUUGAAAUAAAAUAUGAACAUGUGCCAUUGUAUUAUAACACUAUACACUUUCUUGACAGUUAAAUUUUAAAAAAAUGUUUUUUUGUAGCAUGUAUUGUAUAUGUUUAUAGUAUAUGUAGUAAAUAAAAAUAUGGCCAAAUGUUUGGCUUGGUGAUCUUUUGGAGAAAGUAAUCUUCGAAUAUUUUUCACAAAAGAGCUAAAUCUUACGCUUAGGGAAUAGGAGGUAUGUGCCCUCAGCAGUUUGUGAACAAUCAUGUAAUCAGAUAAAGAAACAAUUAUAUACACUUUGUGGGUGCUUAUUAAAGAUGGGAUUAAUCAUUAGUGAUAUUUUAAAGGGUCUCCAGAAGUCAUGAAAUAUUGAUAUGAGGGGAGCAUAAAAAGAAUCAUUAUAUAAAGAUCUGGAAGCUGGAAUGAUGUGGAUAUAUGUGGACAUAAGAAAAUGAGGAUGUGGUAGAGGGCUUUAUAAAGCAAAUGAGAAGUUUGAAUGUUAGACAGUAGAUUUUUAGAAUGUUAGUGUAGAGAUCCAGUCUAAUUUCUCCCUUUUUAUGUAAGUAGCACACAGCUCAGGGUAGAUAAUGUGAGUAUAGGGAAUACAAAAAAAAGUAGGUUAAACAUUACUAUGUGUUCCAUCUUUCUCAAGGCGUGUAUAGAGACAACACAAGUAUGUGAAUAUAUAUACCUAAAAGGUUGACAUACAUUUUAGUUUUUUGUCUGGGUGGUGAAGUUUUAAAAUAAAAAGGACAAGCUUUGCCAGUUAUUUAUACAGUAUUCUGCCUUGGACUCAAAACACAGCAUCUAGUCAGUGCUGUAGACAGAGCAGUAUGUCAACUCAGUUAAAGGAAAUUAGUCCAAAGGGAUCCAACUUUGGUA